AUAUUUGACUGCUCAGAAAAUGUGUUAGAAGUUAGGAGUAAAUGUAAAUGUGUUCUUGUUAUUAUUAAUGGUGACCUUGCACUCUGCACAUAAGUAUGUUGCCUGUAUGGUGAUAUUAUAGUGUGUUCAGUGAACACAACAUUUUAAAACAAGUGUUUAAAACACGCAACAUUUUAAAACAGUCUUGUAGGGAAAAAGUGUGAAUGUUUCACAAUGGUUUUUCUUAAUGUGAGAAAUUCUUUUAUCUUUCUAGCAUAUUAGAGCAGACAUCUCUGGAACAUUAUGGUCUUGAAAAGUGUCACUUCAGCAACAAAGGUGUGAAAAGUUAUAUGCUGAACUUUGUCUGCAAACCACUUUGUAAAUGUCUUGCAUGCAAGAUUAUGCCAUGAGAUUUCAUUUGCUUUCUAAUAUGUUGCUCAAAAAAGGUUACUAAUUGCCAAAUGGAUAUUUUAGUCCCACUGUUCUGGUGAUCUUUGUAUCAUCCAGAAAAUGUUAACUUUCUUUUAUCUUUCUAAAGGGUUUUUAGGAAGCUUUUGUUAAAGGAGCAUACAUUCUUGUGGCGUUCUACAUACAACUUUGUGCUAGAUUAAAGCUUUUUUUUUUUACUGAGUGUAUAAAACUAUAAUUUAAUAAAAAAGUCAUUUAUUUAUAUAUAUAUGCAGUAUACUGUAUAUGUUUGCUAAAUAUGUAGUUGAUAGAAAGGUGUGUGUAUGCUGCACUAUAUACUUGCUUUUUUUUAGCAAAGAAAAACUGCAAAUGACUAUAUUAUAAUGGGUAACCUCUUUUGUUCGGCUAAAUAAAAAAAAAGUAUUUAAAAGUAAUUAACCUAGUUUUAUUAUUUAUUUUUGUUGAAUUUGCCUUAGUUCUUAAUUGGGUUGUUGGGUCUUCAUUUUGCUAUUUUAGUUCCUUUCGGUUGUUAGUUGAAAUCCCUUUAGAUGUUUAUUUAGUUAUGAGCUGUUUGUUUAAUUGAUUUUUCUUUAAUUCCUUUAGUUUGUUAGUUUCAAGAUUUUCUUUGUCACACAAUUACAUACAGUAUAUAACUUGCAGUGAAAUGAAAACAGUUUAAUUUCCUUUAAAUGUUUACCUAGUUGUCAGUUCAUUAUUUUUGUUAGUUUUCAUUUAGUUCUUCUAGGUUUUUUUGUUUUGUUUUGUUUUGUUUAAUUAUCUGUAGUUGUUUAUUUUGUUUGUUAGUUAGUUUAACUCAUGUGCUGGAGGAGUGAGAGGGACAAGUAAACUGAUUUUUAAAACCAAGUGAGAAAGGAACACUAACUCGAAUUUAAAUGCCUAUGCUCGCCAUUAUAGUUUUGGCACCUUGUCUAUUCUUCUGACUGUGGCUCAUUACAAGAACAACAGCAGAGAGAGAGAGAGAGAGAGAGAGAGAGAGAGAGAGAGAGAGAGAGAGAGAGACUCGCUUCACCAGAGUGUGUCCGUCCCACAGAUAAAGGAGGGAACAAUAACAGGGAAUGGGGUCGGCUAAACGUGGAGAUAAUGAUCAAGAAUUUCCCUUGGUUUUUCAUCCCAUGGGAAAAUGAGCUUUCUUUAUAUCGAUUAGCAUGAUACCCUCCUCCAAGCAGUUCCCUCCUUCCUGUCCUCAUGUCCAGUGUUGUUUUAAUCCUGCUAAAGAUACAGUCCCUCGGGUAACUCGUGGUUUUUCAGACGUCAAAUCAUUAACAGGAAGUCCACCCAAAUAAAAUAACAUUGUAAUUCAUCCUGCGGUAUAUCAUACUCUGGUCGGUGGUCGAUACAUAAUACACGUUGGCACCGUUUACUGUACACAUUCUGGGUAGUUUCAUUUUCUCACUUUCUCACAAAAAAAUGCUCUCUGUUCUGGUGCCCUGUAUCUGACCUGACCGACUUUUUCUUGCUUUUCUGUGAAACAAGUUUCGUUAUUCUCAAAGUUUCCAUUAUUAGCUCAAUGCAGCGACAUCAAGCUCUUCAUGGCCUUCCCCCGAGACUGUGGGAAAGUGUGCUGCUAAAAGCACCCAUGCAUUGUCAUGUUAAUGGCUAAGGGUGGUGGUUUGGAGGGGAGGUUUCGACAGCUACACGUUUAAAGCGAGGUGCAAGCCUAAUUUUCCCAGCCAAGCAGGCACCAUUCGCCUCCACUUAGGAGGAAGUUAGCGACACGAGAAACUCACAGAGAGUCUCAGAGUUCAUUUUAGUUUGCGUGAGAAAUUAAGCAGAGCUAUGACUGCUUCAAAUCUCGGCAAUGGACCAGAAAAGAGCUUCAACGCCAAAGAGGAGCGUAAGCUUCGAAAGCCUCUGAUAGAGAAGAGACGUAGAGAACGCAUCAAUUCAAGCCUGGAGCAGCUCAAGGGUAUUAUGGUGGAUGCUUACAAUUUGGAUCAAUCAAAGCUGGAGAAAGCGGAUGUUCUGGAGAUAACUGUGCAACACAUGGAGGGCCUGCAGCGGGGCCUUGGACCAGCAGCCAGUCAGGGACCUAGUGUGACUUUUGAAUCUCGUCAACGAUACAGUAGUGGUUAUAUACAGUGUAUGCACGAGGUGCAUAAUUUACUCCUCAACUGCCCUGGCAUGGACAAAUCACUGGGCGCUCGUCUUCUGAACCACCUGUUGAAGGCUCUGCCCCAAAUCAGUGGAGAGAGUGGAACCACAGGCAGUGCUGGCACUACCAGCCCUCUUCCUCUUCCCACCUCGCCUACACAGUCUCCGCUGGCUCUUCCCUCCUUUCAGCCCCGUCCUCUCCACCUACACACCCCUCCAUCUCCUGUAAGCCCCCCCUCACCCAGCAGCCCCCACUGCUCUCCUGGAAUCCUCUUGCAGAGAGAAGGGGCUGGCAUGAGGCCCUCCCCACCUCGAUCACCCUCCCCCCAACCUUUAGCCCCUUCUGCCCUUCCCCCUGCCUUCCCAGGGGGUGACCCUUCUAUGUGGAGGCCAUGGUGAAGAAGUGAAACCCUCUACCACUGUUCACUUGCCCUGUCCCCCCUUCUUCCACUCUUCCCUAAUAGUGUCCAUUACAUCCUCAUCUCCUGGGAUGUUUGAGUGCUGGGCCUUUUCACUCUGAGAGCGGAGAGGUCACCGAAUAAUAGUAGGUCUUCGAGCCCCUAGGGGUUUUGUGGCAUCGUUUGAAGCACUAUUCUUUAUGCUUGAUUUACUACGGUGUGGGCUUGUUUGGAAAUUUGAAAAACAAAAGAGAACCACCACCAAGGAUGCUCACUUAGAAUUGAGCACAUGAGAAAAAGAAUUGUUGCUUCGUUGCUUGAUGGUACUGUUAUUUUGUUAAAUCGGGAAGCAAUGAACUUUGCUUAAUUGUAUUUCAUUUUGAAAAUAUUUUUUAAAUGGUUCUUUACUUCUUAUGAUUUCUUUUUACUAUUUUUAGUGUGGCCUUUUCACUAAAGUUUAGUGUGGCCUGAUGCAUUUUAUACUAUACCUCUGAUCAACUGGUAG